GGAUUGUAGGCGUGUGUGAGCUUUUUAUUUCAGUAUAGCGACGGCUGCUUCCACGUCACCAGAGCACACAAUUAUAGAAUAAAAAUGGAGUCCAAAGUGAAGAGACUUCGUGAAGAAUUGGACGAAUUGGGUUACUACCAAUCAUUUACCCCAGAAUCUGCCCCUCUAAUUGAAAAAUUGGUGGCAGAUUUAAAAACGACAACGGAAAGUCUUCAGAAAUACAUGAAAAUAGCCCAAAAUGCAAUCGAGGAACGAGACAACCUCCAGUUGGGCGCAGAACCGUAUAAAUGCGAUAAUGCUAAACUCGUUAAAGAGUGUAAUGAAGUGCAUUUAGCACUUUUGCAGUCUAAGGAGCAAAAUGAAAAGAUUCAAAAAGAUCUAAAAAGACGUUUGGAGGUGUUGAAAACAGAAAAUUUGGAUUAUUAUUCAGAAGUAGAAACAUUGAAAAAUCGAAUUAAACAACUAGAAGUAGAAUUGGUGAAUCGUUGUGAAAUACUUUUAAACUCAAAACAAAAAAGUAAACCAACUGUACGAAGUCAGUCAACUACCUCCUUAAAAGGGGACAAGUUUGACAGAAAAAGUAAACAUUUUGAAAUUAAUAGCGCGAUGGCACUAGCUGAUCAAAAAAUUUGUAAUUUGUCAAAAGAUCUUAAAACAUUAAAAGAGCACAAUCUUCAACUAAUUGAAGCCAAUGAAUUGCUACAGUGCCAAUUAAGUAACAGAGAUAAGGAAAUUAAGAGAUUAAAUGGUCUUCUAGAGGGAGGGCGCCCUCUUACUGCUAUAAAAAAAGAUUGUUGUUGUACAAAGCAGUCACAUGAAGAAGUAAAUGCAUUUCAGGAAGAAAUGAAUAAAAUCUUGCAGGAAAAACAUGUUUUAGAAAAUCGCUUAAAAGAAUCAUUAGCUAAGCAACAUGAAGCCAUGAAACGUGCUUUACACUUGGCUGAAAGAAAUAAAAUGCUUGAAAAAGAAAUGAAGGAUAUUGAUCAUUUAGCGCUAGCAGUUGAAGCAGAAUGUAACAACACAGUGAAGAACAACACAGAGAAAGUAAAUCGUUUACAGAGCAGAAUGCACGAAAGUGUUAUUCAAAUUCAAGCUUUAGAAAGAGAAAAUUCUCAACUCAAGCAAGAGAAACAAGAAUUGAGUGGAGAAUUAGAUGCAAUAAUUGUAGAGAAGCGACAUUUGCAAACUGUUUUGGAAACUUCACUAGAGGAGAAGAAGCGUCUGACAGAUAGAAUUAAUAACUUCACGAUUAUUGAACAUGAUCUGAAUAUGGAAAUUGAUAGACUGACGCGUUUGUCGGCCGAACAAAAGAGGAAAAUCGCAGAAUUAGAAUCUUCGUUACAGUAUGGAAAGGUUGAACAGCAGGUCCACUCCUCUGAGGGCACUGAACAACCCACUACCGGUCCGCUGCCGCAAAGAUCUUCACAGAACCGUGAAAUCAAUCGUAUUUCAUCUACUGAGGUACCGUCUCAGUCAGAUCCAACUAGACGAAAGAGUUCUUUGCUACAAAAAGAUCACGUGGGCGUAAUUAAUCAGAUGUCAUCACCAGAGCCAUCACCAACUAGAACAAAAAACAAGUCAAAGAAAAAAAUUGGCUCUAGAAAGCCAACUAAAAGUGAAUCUCCUAAAACUUUGCCGCAGUCAUCACCAUUACAAGUUCCAACCAAUACACCUAUGGAAGUAACUCCAGGAAGCGGUAGAUGUUGUAACUGCCAUUGUGACGCUUGCUCAUCUUCACGACAUUUGAAAGAGUUAUUAGAUAAGGAAUUGGAUUAUAGGGAACAACAGGCGCAACGUUGCAUUGAAAAUUUAAAAUCAGAAAAGGAGUAUUAUAUGAAAGAAUAUCACAAAGUGUUAGAACAAGUGAAAAAUAUUCCAAGCAGAUCUAGUAGUAGCGGCAAAAGUGAAAAAGGUUCAGAUCUAGUGCAAAAACUUAGGGAGAAAGAGCAAGAUAUAAAAGAACUGGAACAGGAAAAUAAAGUAUUGUCCAAAGAAAAAUUCAAUUUGCUCUCACGAUUGGAAAGUAUAAGAGAACUACCAGAGACUAGCAUGGAUGGACCAUGCUUAAAGCCCAAUUGUAAACGCACAGAACGCGAACGUGAUCUGCUACGUGCCGAUUUACAAAGAGUAGAGGAAGAACGAGAUGCUCUCAAAUAUAAACUUAAGAAUGUAUCCGAAUCUCAAAUUACCGAUCAAGAAAGACUUCAGAGACGUUUGUUGGAAGCUGAGGAACAAAUUCAUAAACUAGAACAAGAACGUCGUGAAUUGGCCCAGAAUCAAGGCUCAAGAAGAGCAACUAUUGAUACUUUACAAGAACAGUGUGACACACUCAAGGAUCAGCUGCGUAUGGCACAAAACGAGCUAAACCAACAGCGGGCGUUAUAUGCGCAAUUAAAAAAUUUACAUGAGCAAGCUGAUCGAUCAUUAUCAGAUAGUCAGAGUAAACUAAUCCAGUCAGAAAAGGAACUUGCUGGUGCUAUAGAUAACUUGAAAAAGCGUGAUCUCGAUCGUGGACAUGUCACCAAGGAAGUAGACAUGUUGAGAAAUGACAUUCAAAUCAUGAAGAGUCAGUUGGCCCAACUAGAUCACGAAAAAGAUGAAUUAUUGGGAACGUUAGAUGACAAAACCGAAAAACUAGCCAGGGUGGAACUAGAAUUAAAAUCCAGGGAGAAAACCAUUGCAUCCCUAGAGGUGACUGUAAACGACCUUAAGAAAAAACUAAGCAUGGCUAUUGACGAAACAGCCGGUCAAGAGCACGAAAUUCGUACUUCCCAAACGGAACUAACAACGAUAAGACAAGAACUAGACACUGUGAAAAAGAUCAAAGACAGCGCUAUUCAAGAAAACCGAAGACUUCAAGAUGAGUUAGCUUCAGUCACGUGUGACUGCCGAGAUUCGAGAAAGGAAUUAGAACUAUAUAAACGACAAGUCGAUGAUCUGAAAACGCAGCUUCAACAUUACGUUGCAGAAGUGAAGAGAACCGAAGAUCAAAUCUCGAAUAAAGAAAUCGAACGAAACGAGUUACUGGACCAGUUUAGGUCGCUCAGUCAUGAAGCAAAUAUUUUAGAAACUAACAAUCACACUUUGGAAACUGAAGCGACUCAAAGUAGGGUACAGUUGUCGGUUGCUUUGGAUCAUGCUGCGGAUUUGGAGCGAAAAUUAGAAAAUAAGGAUUCGAUUAUACAUAGUUAUGAGAAACAAAUCGGCGAUUUGACGAGUCAAAUAGCAAGUCUGGAGAUUCAGUUAAGGCAGUGUAUAACCCAAUGUGAUAAGGCAAAUUCGGACUUGCAGAAUAUGAGAGAGCUGUCUUUGAAGUUGGACAAUGAAAAUUCGAAAUUUAGGAGACAGUUAAGGGAAAGAGAUGAUGAAAGAAUUCAGGUGGAGAGGAACGUUAGUCAGCUAAGAAGUGAACGUGAAUUGUUACAACAUACAGCGACAAGAGAUAGGCGCACAGUUGAGAGUGUGGAAAAAGAUCUACAUGAUGCUAAACAUGGCUCAACAGAAUUAAGGAUACUCAAUCAAGACUUGCGAGAAGAAGUGCAGAAAUUAAAACAAGAAAUUCAGGAUCUUAAGGAUAAGUUAAUUAAGUGCCAGUGUAUUCAAAGUUCCCACUUGCCUCUUCCUGUCCUUGAACAAACUUCAGGGGAAACACCAACAAACCUCAAGGUUUUAAAUGUCGUAAAAAAUUCUUCAUUAACUGAAAAGAUACAUCGUGAUAAUUCUUCAAUCUUGAGAGGAGAAAAAUUGGAAUCUCCACGACAGAGUAAACAUAGCAUCAGAUCAAAAUCCAAUACGGCGCCGAGAAUUCUAGAAAGACCUCUGUUGAGACACGAUGUUAACGAAUUUAGUCAGACUAAAAAUGAUCAUUUAGCAUCAGUUGAAAAAAAUAACGAAGUUGCGAAAUCACAAGUGCCUUGCCUUUGUGUUGACGUUCGUAAAAUUCAUUUGGAAAGAAGACGAUUGUCUGAUGUACAAGUUGAAGAUGACCUCAAUAAUGAAGUUGCUGCUGAACGUUUUAAGAAUUGUUGUCCUUGUCCUUAUGCGUCUACUGUUAAAACUAAUGGUGAAGAAAGAAAAUGUUUUAUGUUUCGUCGACCACAACUUAAGAGUUACGUUACGAACUACACUUUGGUUCAAGAAACGCACACGGCUGAAAUGCCUAAAUCCGAAAAUCAUACAUAGAGAAAUAAAUUUUCUGUGAAA